AUGCCUAAGGUGGCGAUGACGAACGAAGUGUUUGACGACAUCAAACCCAUUAAUGGCGAUAUUCUUGAUGGUAACGCUGCCUCUACUACUACUACUACUGCUGCUGCCACUACUGCUGCUAAGCGAACUAUUAGCUUUGCUACCACCAAACCAGCAGCUGAAUCACAAACGGUUAAGAAAGAUAGAAUGCACCCAUCCAUGUCGGAAAACAACAUUCUUGCAGUUGGAAGUCAAACUAAUUUAGAGAGCAAUGUGAAAAGCACUGUUAAAUCAGUGGUUGUUAGUCCAGAAGAUUAUCUGAUAUAUAACAGAGCCAGUGAUUCUGAUGAUGCAAGUGCCUUGAUAACUUUGCAAAACAAAUCUCCAACUCCUGUCGCAUUCAAAAUAAAAUCAACUAAUCCAGAUGCAUAUAGAGUUAAACCAGUUUCUGGGAUUGUGAGUCCUAUGUCGAAUGCAGAAAUUGUUGUGACCCUCCUGGCAGGCAAGCAAAUGAAUACAUCGAAUGACAGAUUUCAGUUGGUUUUAGUGAUGGUUCGGGACAAGUCAUCCAUUGAUAAUCUCUCGACAUUCUGGAAAAACAUUCCAACCAAUCCAGAUGAUUUUGCAGAUCAUCGUCUCCAACUUCAACUGGCAGUUGGGGAUACAAAUAAAAGUGCUCGAAGUUACGCGUCGGGUGCAGUGGCCACCUAA